AUGUCUGUCUUCCUGAUUGAGCUGUAUGGGCAUAACCUGCUGUUGACUGGCAUCUUUGGACUGGUGGUGGCCGGAUCGGUGCUCUUAUUAGGUGCUUUGAUUGGAGACAUUAGCGGCUCAUUGCUCAGCAUACUGAUGGGCAUGUCAGCUGUGGCAGGGCUUUUGGGUACUGUGCUUUUCACAAAGCUGCGGAAAACAUGUGGCCUGGUCAAUACUGGAGUCAUUUCCAGCUGUCUGCACCUAGUUUGCCUGUUGCUUUGUUUGUGCUCCGUGUUUGCCCCCGGUAGCCCAUUGGACCUCAGCGUGCUAAAUAUCAAGAAUGCGUCAGAUGUGGGUGGGAUGACCGGAGGUCACCAGAGGCACGGAUACCCACUGCGUGGAAGCAUCAACCAGCCUCUGCUGCCAGACCGUUCCUCCAUUCACUGGACCAAUAACACUGUGCUGUUUGAGAAAGUGCCAGCAGGGACAGAACCCGAAUCUUACAUCUCCAUCAUCCUGCUGUUCCUUGGAGUUAUUACAGCUCGAGUUGGUCUCUGGUCCUUUGACCUGACAGUGACUCAGCUCUUGCAGGAGACCAUAUGUGAAUCAGAGCGUGGGGUGGUGAAUGGAGUCCACAGCUCCAUGAACUACCUGAUGGACUUGCUGCACUUCAUCAUGGUCAUCUCUGCACCCCAGCCACAACACUUCGGCAUCCUUGUCAUCAUCUCCAUCCUAUUCAUUUUCACGGGACACACCAUGUACUUCCUGUAUGCCAGAAAAGUCAAGAAGAAACCAUGUACAAACACAUAA